AUGGUUAUUCAGUUGCCAAACAACUAUCCUUUAAGUCCAAUUACUGUUAGUAAAGGGCGUAGUGUUGGUGUAGGAAGCCAACAGUGGCAGUCAUGGCUUUUACAAAUGUCUGUUUUUGUUAAUAAUCAUAAUGGAUCAAUUUUAGAUGGUAUUGAUUUAUGGCAAAGUAAUGUUCGGAAAAAAUUCAAUGGUGUUGAAGAAUGUGCGAUUUGUUACUCGAUUGUGCACAACACAAAUUUCAGUUUGCCUAAAAUGCGAUGUCAUACCUGUCGUAAACUAUUUCACUAUGCUUGCAUGUACAAAUGGUUUACAACUAGUCGAAAUCCUGCUUGUCCAUUGUGUAGACACUUGUUUAUCGAUCCAACCGGUCGUCCUAUGUCAACAUAAUGGGUAAAGAAAAAUCUGAUGAUCGAUGCAGCAAGAAAAUGUAGUAUUUCUAAUUAAUCUGAAUCAAAUGAUUAUUUGUUUCAUUCAUUCACCAUAAAUCUUGUUUUUUGUUACUUUCGAGAAGAAUUACUCUUUUUAUUUUUAAGUAG